GUAAAGGAUCUUGUAGGGAAUGUCCCCUCAGACUGACCGGCGCACAGUGCAUGGUGGUGGAAGUCUCCUAUUCAUUAAAAAAAAAAAAUGAAAAAAAAAGUCGAAAGCUGUGAAAUGGAUUGUUGGAUAUUGACAAUUUAUGCUAUGGUAUUCUUCUUAAUAUUUCUGUACAAAGACUAUGCGAGCUGCUCACAGUCACGUUUUGUCAGCAGCAGAGUUGAUGACAAAGUUGGACUUAUGCCCUCUGGUUUUACUAAAGAGGACUUUAAAGACAAAAUAGUUUCUAUUAGAAGUUUGUUUCCUAAACAGACUCCAUAUUUUUGGAAGUUGAUUGGCUCAGUAUCAGAGGAUGUUAUUGUGUCUAAGAAUCCUAAAAGACCAGCUGUGAUCCUACUUGCAGGUGGUCCAGAUGCACAUCAAACAUUAGAUAACUUAGCGUCCAAUCUUUCAACAUCUUAUAGUCAUUUGGAAGGAAUUUCAAAUGUAAUUAAAAUUGAUGGUAUUCUAUAUAAAAAUACUGAUCCACAUGACACGAAAAGACUGAUAGAUGAAGAACUUGAAAAUGGGUUUAACACUGGCAAACAAGUGGCGAUUAUUCAUCAUUUUGAGAGUAUUCCAGCAGAAGCAUCAAUGAUAUUUCAUUCCUAUUGUGAAAAUGAUAACGCCCCUUUCAAGAGGGUUGUCAUUAUAUUUACGGUCCACAUGAAAGAGAACUUGAAUUUACAAGACAGCAUUACAAUAAAUCAAAAGAAAGUUGAGCAGCAUUUAGAAAGUCAGUGGAAGGACGCAGUAGACAAGGAUCACAUUGAAGCCAUGUUCAGUCGAGUUGCAACUGCAGUUGCAUUUGUAACUCCAGAAUGAAGAUUCAGUGGUGAGGGCUAGUAUUUGUCUGUCUCUCUCUCAUGUAACUGUUAUGACUGCUUUAGAGGCCCAUCUAUUAUUCAGCUUGUAAAUGGAAUUGCUACUUACAUGUAAGAGAGUGAGCGGUGGUGGGGGGUGCAAGUGGAGGCACUGAAUGAUCUGUCAGGGUUUGAAUUUCCUCACAAUGCUCCAUCAGCAAAUAGUUGCUGUUGGCUAUGGCUUUACUGCAGCAAUUUAUUCUUCUUCUGCAGUAGCAAUCAACAGAUUUUAUUGUUUUUAAGGGUAAAAUCUGUUGCUAGGCCUAAGCCUGGGAGGCAACCCGACAGCUGAAAUCUUGCUGUCGAUCCUGGGAUUUACCACAGCAGUGAAAAGACCUUUCUACAGCAAUUGCUGUUGGUCCUGUUGGGAAAUUUGAAUUCUAGACCUGCAAUAUCAAAAAUGUUUAUGCGAAUACAGAUGGCAGUGAACACUAAUAAUACUGUACUGUAACAUUAGCAAGAUGAACAAGAAUAAUACUAGUAGUGUCUGUUCAUUUUAAUUAAUGCCAAUUUUAUUUCAUUUUAUAAGUCUGCAAAUGUUGUGAAAUUUAAUUGUUUUUUUUAUGGUAUUUUUAUUUUAAAUCACAGACUAAAUGUACAGUAGAACAACAAUUGUAUUGUUUUAUGUUUUGAAUUUUAUGUAUACUGACUGAGUUUUAAAUUGUGAAUAAACAAAGUGAUUUUCUAAGAUUGAUAUUGAGAAAUAACCCAUGUAAUACUGCCUCAUCAAAUUUGUGGACAUCAUUGAACAAUUUGACAUUUUGAUGCUAUAGCAGGUCUUAAGUAUAUUUUUAACUUAAAAAAUAUAAAAUCCAACAAAUCAAAUUAGUAACAUACAGUAGCAGUGGUAGAUGUAACUAUAAUAAAAUGCCAUCUAAAUAAUACAGUACAGUA